AUGCUUCAUAUUUCAUAUGAGGCAAAUAUCAAUGAAAAAGAUAAUGAUGGAGGAAUCCCUCAUUAUAGAACAACAACGAAUAAAAGUAUAAUAGCAGCUAAGCUUCUUAUUUCACAUGGUGCAAAUAUCAAUGAAAAGAUAAUAUUGGAAAAGCUACUUUCACCUAUGCAUCUGACAACAAUUAUAAAAAAUAACUGA